AUAAAUAUUCCAUCCUUCAAUCUCCACUUUUCACCACCAUGGAAACUUCCCAAAGCUCUCUUCUCAUUCUCAUGCACUGAGAAAAAUAAACAAUGGGAAAAGCUACAAGGUGGCUGAAGAGCUUGUUCGGGAUAAAGAACUCGAAUUCCGGUGAACGGAAAGAAAAGAAACGGUGUAACAUCGGCCAUUCAGGGCGGGACUCGAGCGGCGGAUUAUGUCACGACCCUACAACGAUCCCACCUAAUAUGUCGCCGGCCGAGGUUGUGUGGCUAAGGUCGUUGUACAAUGAAACGGAGAAAGAGCAGAGUAAGCAAGCAAUUGCGGUGGCGGCCGCCACGGCAGCUGCAGCAGAUGCGGCUGUGGCUGCUGCUCAGGCGGCAGUGGCGGUGGUGAGGCUGACGAGUCAUGGCAGAGGGACCAUGUUUGGCGGUGGACAUGAAAAAUGGGCUACUGUUAAGAUUCAGACCGUCUUCAGAGGGUAUCUGGCUCGAAAAGCAUUACGAGCCCUGAAAGGAUUAGUGAAGAUUCAAGCCCUUGUUAGAGGAUAUUUAGUGAGAAAACAAGCUUCAGCUACACUACAAGGCAUGCAGGCACUGAUAAGAGCUCAAGCUACAGUCAGGUCCCAAAGAGCUCGGAAAUCAAUGGAGAGAUUUGAUGAUACAACAAGUGAACAUUCUGUUUCUUUCCAUAGUAGAAGAUUCUCAGCUUCUCUUGAUACUUCAUUUAACAUUGAAGGAAGUCCCAAAAUUGUGGAGGUCGAUACAGGCAGGUCGAAAUCGAGAUCCCUAAAGACCAACACUACCGUAUCGGAUUUCAGCGACGAUGUCCCGUUGUCUUCUCCAUUUUCUGCUCGAGUUCCGACCCGUUCAUCAGUGCCGUUUCAAGAGACCGAUUGGGGAUUAACCGGAGACGAAUGCAGGUUCUCGACCGCACAAAGUACGCCUCGGUUAGCCCCGGUUACUCCAGCCAAGAGCGUGUGUGCCGAUAACUUUUUCGCACACUACGGGAACUUCUUCCCUAAUUACAUGGCGAAUACAAAAUCGUUCAAGGCUAAGUUGAGGUCACAUAGUGCCCCGAAACAACGGCCGGAACCGGGGCCUAAGAAGCGGCUUUCGCUCAACGAAAUGCUGGAAUCUAGAUGUAGUUUGAGUGGUGUUAGGAUGCAGAGAUCAUGCUCACAAGCUCAAGAAGCUAUCAGUUUCAAGAAUGCAGUGAUGGGGAAGCUUGACAGAUCCUCGUAUGAUUUGGCAAAAGAUCUUGAGAGCAACUGUUUGCAGAGGAAAUGGUGAUGCUGUAAUUCAAAUCUUAUUGUUAUCUCAAGGAAUUUGCCUUGUUGUCGAUGAAAUGAAAUUGCAAUUGUUGAA